AUGUCGUUUCAAAAGUUUCCCCGUCAUUUAUUAUCCAUUCGCGAUUUGAGUCGUCAAGAGCUCUUGAAGCUUAUUACUCGUUCAGCUGAAAUCAAGCAUGAAUCCAAAAGAAAAUUUGCCAAUCGGGAAAACUGCCAGCUGAGUGGACUCGAGGGUCAAAAUAUCGCCAUGAUAUUCAACAAACGCAGUACACGCACUCGUGUCUCUGUCGAAACCGCUGUCGGUACUCUGAGCGGAAACCCCAUGUUUUUGGGAAAAGACGACAUCCAGCUGGGUGUCAAUGAGUCCUUUUAUGAUACAUCCAAGGUGAUUUCCAGUAUGGUUGCAGGCAUCGUUGCCCGUGUCAGUAAGUAUUCCGAUGUAGCCAACUUGGCCCAACAUGCCUCUUGUCCCGUCAUCAAUGGUCUCUGCGACACCUUCCAUCCUUUACAAGCAUUGGCCGACCUGCUCACCAUUCAAGAGGCCUUUGGCAGUUUUAAAAACUUGAAGCUCGCCUGGAUUGGUGACGCUAACAACGUCUUACAUGACUUGAUGAUUGCUUGUGCCAAGGUUGGUAUCGACACAAGCAUUGCCAAUCCAAAGAACGUCGAGAUCCGUAGCGACAUUCUUGAUAUGGUCCGUGAAAGCUCCAAAGAAUCAAAUGCAACGUACGCUAUCGGUAGUGACCCUGCAGCAGCAGCUCACAAUGCAGACAUUGUGGUUACAGACACUUGGAUUUCCAUGGGUCAAGAGGCUGAACGCCAAGCUCGUCUCAAACAGUUUGCUGGUUUCCAGGUUACGGAGAAGAUUAUGCAGCUAGCAAAACCUCACUGUAAGUUUAUGCAUUGCUUGCCCCGUCACCCCGAGGAAGUCUCGGAUGGUGUGUUUUACGGACCAAAUAGCUUGGUGUUUCAAGAAGCUGAAAACCGAAAAUGGACAACCAUCGCUGCCUUAGAAGCUUUGAUCGUCAAUCGUGGUAAAAUUUAA